AUGCCAAAGAAGAGAGCGCCGACCUAUGAUACUAAACCAAGUAGCCCUGCUCACCCUUCACUCUUGUCCUCCGGCAAGCCCAAAGAUGCGCGCUCGCUAGGGUCAAAUAAUAGCCCUUCAGGAAACUCUGUGAAUGAUCGUAUACAGCAACUCCGGAUCAGCCAAGGAAUCUCACCGUCACUGCUGGGAAGUCAAAUUUGUCGACCUUCCUCACAAGUCCUGAGUCCCGGGGCAGGACCAUCUCUACCGCCGUCGUUGAGAAGCAUUCUCCAGCUUCCAGAAGAUGCCCCAUCACCACGGCCUCGCCCUGGUCUACGAGUCACAGGGCGGGCACGAGGACCAGCCGGUCCGGCUCCACCGGUCAGUUGGCUGAAGAGAAGAGAGCAAGUAAGAGGACAAAAGCCAGGGAACGCACAAAUAUUGCUAGGUGGCACAAACGCAAAGACCGAACAGCUUCCCGGAUCCUUUCUCCCAAAUCAUGGCAGUCUUAUUCACACAUCUCUGAAGGCGCUGACCAUGAAUUGGGACUGGCAUGUGCAGUACGACCAGUAUUAUCUAGCUACUAUCCCAGUCCGGUAUAAAGAAGCUCUGCUCACUUACAUCGCUCGUUACAGCGAUAGUGGCACCGAUAAGGCAGGACUUGAGGUGCUGUUUCUGGACGAUACAGAGCUGGAGGACGCUACAGGCGUCCACGGCCUUGCACGCUUAGAUCUAUCCAAGUCCAUAGGUCACCCUCUGAAGCUGAAACAUCUAAAGGAUAUCCUUACGGCCAAGAAGACGAUAUCUACUGGAGAAGAGACCUCAGAUGGAGUACCAGAAAGCUGGGAUACGCCCGAUCCUCUGGCUGUACCGUCAGGUUUGCCCAGGUUCUAUUCCUUGACCCAUCUGUCUCUUUCCCGUCCAAACAACGCAGCGACAUGGAAAGGGUUGCUAGACCUGGCACCUCACUUGGCGACCAUCACACAUCUCUCGCUAGCCUACUGGCCGACUCCCAUGAUCUCACCGAACUCUGCCACUGCUUAUCGAGAGACUCCCCAAGGAGAUGUCAAUUUUGGUGCAAGCAGCUUCUACAGCAGUUUUGACAACGACUGGACCGAGGCCGCUUCGAUCCUGCGUCGUCUGAGUAAAUCGUCGUACUGCUUGAAGUGGCUGGAUCUGACCGGCUGCUUUCCCUGGGUGCAAGCACUGAAAUAUGACCAGAUAGACUGGUGUGGGGCAUGGCGAGCGCUUGAAACGGUUAAGAUCGGUCAGGGGUAUAUACCUGAAUGUUUUCAAGAUAAUGCGACAGCAAUGGCUUGGCGAGAUGUCUACCGGAACAGGGUGUCUCUUCCCAAUCACGAAAUGUCAAUCUUCACCGAUAGCUAUCAGAAAAGGCGGUUGGUCGAAUGGGUGGACGCGGAAGGCGUCACUAUAGGCGUGGAAGAAACAGUGAACAGAAAGAUAGGUGAAUCGAUGAGGAAAGCAACGACCGCUGGGGUCCACGAGCCUGAAGGGACAAGACCAGAGGGCGAAGGCUUCGAUGGUUGGGCGAAGAUCCCAUCAGUUGCAGUCUCGGCUGAGAGUCGUUCACAAAGAAUCAUCUUCGAGCGUGGAUGGGAUUCGUGGUGGAUCCGUGAUGCUAUUCGCCAGAUCAGAGAGAUGGAAGCAAGGGGUGACCACACUGUGGUCCGCGCAAUGCCAAACAUGACCGGCGUCACGUAG